AUGUUAGCGGCAGAACAGGAAAACGCUCAGCUCAGAGAGGAACUGGUUAACCUCAAGGGGGAGAUGGAAAGAAUGGCACUUAUGAUGGAAACUAUGAUGGCUGAGAGAGAGCAAGCAGCAAUCUCCAAUUCAACUCCUGUUGUGGUCGUCACAGCUGCACCUGAGGGUCCCCCGCAACCAUCUCCGACUACUACUACAAUUAUCGGCCUCACCCAGCCUCUGAUGACUGAUUUUUCUUCUGGUAAUAUGGCAACUAUGGGCAACUCAGGCUUCCGUCCUCUUGGCCCCCAGGGUCCCUUUGCUACUCCUCAGUAUUCCAUGCCUUCAGGCUACCCUUGGGGCAUGCCGAUUGCAACCAACGGGGGUUUUGGUCCAGGCGCUACUGAAACGCCUUUCGCACAGGGUCAACAGACUUCGGCACAUUUCCAGAUGAGUCAACCGAUUCCUCAAGCUACCAUGACUCAAGCAGGUCCUACUGUGCAUGUUGGGCCACAACAUGAAGAACAGAUUUAUCACUCCGACAGUAUAAUGGGGGAUGACAAAGCAAUCGAUUGGGAAGAAAGGUUCGGUGCUCUAGAGAAGAAGAUGAGUAAUAUGCGGGGAAAGGAAGCAGUCGUCCAAAGCAUAUAUGACCUUUGCUUGGUACCAGAUGUAAACAUACCUCCAAAGUUCAAGAUGCCUGUAUUUGAGAAGUAUCAAGGGGACACAUGUCCACAAAAUCAUCUAACUAUGUAUAUUAGCAAGAUGAUAGCUUACAAGAAUAAUGUUCCCUUACUCAUUCACUGCUUCCAGGAUAGUUUGACUGGUCCGGCACAUACCUGGUUCAUGGGAUUGAAAGGAGUCACUACUUUUGAACAGUUGGCUGAGGCCUUCAUGCAACAGUACAAAUAUAAUACCUAUCUGGCGCCAAGUCGCAAGGAGUUGCAGUCCUUAACCCAGAAAGAUAAAGAAUCGUUCAAAGAAUACGAACAACGCUUCAUUCAAAAAGCUGCUCAGAUUCGUCCUCCCUUGGAUGAGAGGGAACUUUCAGAAUUGUUCUAUGAAACCCUGAGCCCUUGUUAUUCAGAAAAGAUGAUUGUCUGUGCAUCACAGAAGUUCACUGACUUGGUGGAAACAGGAAUGCGUAUCGAGGAGUGGGCUCGUAAGGGAGCAGCUGUUUCGGGAAGUUCUUCAGGUGGUUCUUCAGGGGUUUCGUCCAAUGGUAAUAAGAAAUUUGGGAAUGGUUACCCAAAGAGGAAUGCUCAAGAGGUUGGCAUGGUGGCUCAUGGAGGACCUCAGCCCGUGUACCCUAAUCACCCCUUUGUUGCCAACAUCACCCCACAAAUGACCGCACCCCAGAACCCAAACUAUCAACCACCAAGACCUCAAGGGCCUUCAUUAUACUAUCCCCCACUAUAUCAACAACCAUAUAACCCACAACAACUCUCUCAACCACCCUACUAUCCUCAACAACCCUACUAUCCUCAACAACCAUACCAACAAAGGCCAUAUAACCCCCCACAACAACAACCCCGUCCUCAAGCUCCCUACAACCAGCAAAAUCAAAAACAACAAUUUGACCCCUUGCCAAUGACCUAUGGAGCAUUGCUCCCUUCUUUACUUGCACAGAAUCUGGUCCAAACAAUACCACCUCCUCGCAUUCCGGACCCUCUCCCACGCUGGUACCGUCCGGACCUUCAUUGUAUUUACCAUCAAGGGGCACCAGGCCACGAUGUGGAGCGUUGUUUUGCUCUUAAGAAAGAGGUUCAGAAACUGAUAAAUAGUAAAGAGUUAACCUUCACCGAUCCUGAUGCUGUAGCUCAGAACAAUCCUCUGCCUACUCAUGGGCCUGCUGUUAAUAUGAUUCAAGACGAUCGGGAAGAGGCUCGCAUUCUCUCUGUAGGUGAUAUCAAGACUCCUCUGGUACCGAUACAUGUGAAACUGUGUAAAGCAACUCUCUUCAACCACAAUCAUGGAGCUUGUGACAUAUGUUUGAUGGAUCCUCGUGGAUGUAUACAAGUCCAGAAUGAUAUGCAGGGUCUCCUAAAUAGAAGGGAACUUGUGGUUACAAGGGAACCCGAGAGCAAGGACGUCUGUGUUGUCACUCCGGUAUUCAGAGCCAGGAGGCCGCUGGUGAUAAACCCUAACAGUACAAAGCCCGUUGGUACUCCCUUGGUAAUCUGUGUGCCUAGGCCCACGCCUACUACUGCUCAGAAAGCUGUACCCUAUAAGUAUGAAGGCACGAUUCUUGAGCCCGGAAGUGAGACAACUUCACCUGUUGCUGUGGAUAAUAUCGCAGAGAAUAGCCGGAUUUUGAGGAGUGGCCGCAUCUUUCCUACGGUGGGUCCGAAGAGUGUUAGUGUUCCGGUCGAUGAGCCAGUAAAAGAGCGAAACGCCGGUAAAGGUAAAGCUGGGGAGCAGGCCAAAGAGUUUGACUUUGAGGAUGCCGAUGAAGUCUUGAAGCUGAUCAAGAAGAGUGAAUACAGGGUGGUGGACCAGCUGUUACAAACUCCUGCGAAGAUUUCCAUCAUGGCCCUGUUAUCAAGUUCUGGUGCUCAUCGGGAUGCCCUGAGGAAAGUUUUAGACCAGGCAUUUGUGGAUUAUGAUGUAACUCUGGGUCAAUUCGAAAGCAUUGUGGGGAAUGUGACCGCGUGUAACAGUCUGACUUUCAGUGAUGAAGAUCUCCCGGCGGAGGGGAAUAAGCAUAAUCAAGCAUUAUUCAUCUCUGUACUUUGCAGAACGGACUAG